UUUCGCUCCGUACCCUUGAAAAUACCGUACGUCGCAUUUGACGUCUACAGGUAGCCGGCAGCGUUCUGUUGUUCAGAACUUCAUGAUUGUUUGCUUAACUCGAUAUAGCCCGUUCAAGGUUCAGGUCUUGUGGAACUCGACUUCACGUAGCCCUGAACUGUCGUUUUCCGUUUGCGUGUAGGCCCUGCAAUAGACCCAUAGUACCAGCACAGAAUUUGCCGUUUGGGUUUACAUGUAGGCCUAUAGGCCUGGGCCUAUUGUAGGGGUAAAUCAUAAGACAUCGGAUGUUUCAAAAGUAUUUAAUAAACCAUGGACAACGACAACAUGAGAAAAGAUUUGCUUUCUAAUGAGGUACAUUACCCUAACGAAGACGACCCUCCUCCGCCAUACAACCCUUCAGUGGUAGGCCCCGGUCUAGCGCCCCCUGUCGACCCACAUCUCUACCGGCCCCCGAGUCCUGGAUUAGCGUCCUCUACGGGCUAUCAGCAAUACCCCCAGCAGCAAUACCAACAGCAGCAAUACCCCCAGCAGCAAUACCCACACACUCAACAGCCCGUCUCGACCUCGUACCCACAAGCCCCACAGGUUGUGCACCACGUGACCGGAUCAGCCUGCCCAUCUGAAGUGUUCGCGCGGGAGGAGUGUUUCGCUGAGUGCGUUCGCUUUUGGUGGUGUCGACCAAUCGGCUGGCUUGCCAAGGGCGAACUGGCCAGGGCUAGGACUUUGUACUUGGCGGGUGAUUACGUGGAGGCGCAAGCGGCAGCACGCUGCGCUAACGUCUGGAGCACAGUGGGCCUAGUCACUGGUUUGGUAGUGGUUGCCGUUGUGGCUGUGGCUAUCUACUUGAUCGUAGCCUUUGGCAUCAAUUAAAAUAUCAUACUGCAGGUAUCCUAGUGCCUGAAAUAGACUGGUCUCGCCCCUAAAUUGGAGUGACUGCGACAUUGGAGGACCGGGAAUCAGGCCAUGCCUAAAACAGACCUUCAUCUUUCGUUAAUAUACAUUGAGCGCCAUUAAUGGUAUGUGGAGCCAAAGUGGCAUAAGUAUACUUUAACCCUGGUUGGCAACAUAUUUCGAAUUGCAAAAACUAUAUUCAACUCCCUCAUUAUGAUAUCGUUCGUUGUUUACAUGCAUUGAUAUAUCAAUCCAGUGAUAUGUUUGUACACAUACAUAACAAUUUUUGCCAUCGUUUGCCUUCCAUAAUUUGCAAAUAUUUGUGGGUGCAAUGGAAAAAAAAUGUGACAAACUAGCUGACGGAUGGCAUGUUCCAUUCCACUGGGCUUCGCUUCGUGGAAUGGAACGUUUCAUCUGUCACCACAUAAAGUUAUUCUUACCAUUGCACUCACAAACAUUCAUAAUUGUAAAAUAGCGCCCCCAACCCCAUUCUUGGAUCUUGGAUAAACCUUGCUCAUUACAUAUACUUUUAAUUACGC